ACAUUGCGGCUGAGAAAUCCAUCCAAGCAACGUAAAACUAUGCACACAAUUUUCCUCACUACUUCCAAGAAUCUUACGAAUUGCCAUAUGUAGGGGGCUUACUAUAGCCUCAUCAACCUAUCUGUCAAACCCACCCUUUCAAGAAAAAUCUCCUUGAAAGUUAAGAACUUUGCAAGUACAAUGCAAACAAAGUCAUCCGACCUCUUGAAAGGUCUCUUCCUUGUCUUCUUCUGUUUCCUCUUUUCUUGCUCCCACUCUUGCACGUUCACCGUGACAAACAACUGCCCCCAUCCCAUAUGGCCUGGGACUCUCGCCGGAUCCGGGACGCCGCAGCUUCCGACGACUGGGUUCAGGCUAGACCCCGGCCAGAGCAUCCAGAUCCCGUCUGUUCCAGGAUGGUCCGGGAGGUUAUGGGCGAGGACUGGUUGUACGUUCGACGAGUUGGGCACGGGGACAUGCCAAACCGGAGAUUGCGGGGGACGAUUGCAGUGUGACGGUAGCGGCGCAGCCCCUCCAGCUUCUCUAUUCGAGAUCACCCUUGGUUUAGGCAAUGACAAGGACUACUACGACGUAAGCAUAGUCGACGGCUAUAAUUUGCCCCUUGUUGCGGUGCCACAAGGAGUAUAUGGCUCAUGUAAUGCCACAGGUUGCGUUUCAGAUAUAAACAUGGGUUGUCCGAAGGAGCUCCAAGUAGUCGGCGGUGAGGGAGGGGACGGAGGAGUUAUCGCAUGCAAGAGUGCAUGCGGGGCAUUUGGGCUAGAUGAGUAUUGCUGCAGCGGGGAAUUCGCUAACCCGACGACCUGCCGCCCCUCCUUCUAUUCCACCAUCUUCAAGAGAGCUUGCCCGAGGGCUUAUAGCUACGCUUUCGACGACGGCACGAGUACCUUCACCUGCAAGGCUUAUAACUACGCGAUCAUUUUCUGCCCCAAUUCCAAUGGGGCAAAGAGACCUGAUAGCACAUCGACGCCCCGAGCAGUACAAAGCACUAUAAGUGGCAAGACUGGGGCAAUGACUGCCAGCUCUAGCAUCCUCCUGCCACUUGCAAUAUCGAUUUUCUUCCCAAUCCUCGUUCUACUUCAUCUGAAUCUACCUGAUCAGAGUAUAGUCUAGAUAACCAUAGCAUACCCGCUGAGAACUUCUAUAGUGCCUGAGCAGCGACAGUACCCGGACGGUGAAUCAUUUAGAAAAAUAAAUUGGGACUGCAGAAGAAAGUCUUUACUGCAGGGACCA